CAAGUUCGGAAACGGAUAUGGCUACAACAUUUGUGGCUUUUUUUAACAAAUCCGAUGAACAAUUUUACAUGAACAAUUUACGUGAACAAUUUACGUAUGUGAGAAAUUUAUGUGAGCAAGUUAUGAGAGUAAUUAUGUGA